GCAGAAAUCGAGUACAGCCCCAAGAUUCGAAGAUGCCGCCCAAGGGAAAAAGCCAUUCCGGGAAAGGGGGGAAAGGGAGAGCAGCCUUUGGGAGUGACAGUUCUGACAAGAAGGCUCAGGAUCCCAAAGGUAGUGGCAGUGCAGUAAAGGUCAGACACAUUCUGUGUGAAAAACAUGGGAAAAUCAUGGAAGCCAUGGAAAAGUUGAAGUCUGGAAUCAGAUUCAAUGAAGUGGCCAUACAGUAUAGUGAAGAUAAAGCCAGGCAAGAGGGUGACUUGGGUUGGAUGACCAGAGGUACCAUGGUGGGACCAUUUCAGGAAGCAGCAUUUGCCUUGCCCAUAAGUGGGCUGGAUAAGCCUGUGUUUACAGACCCUCCGGUUAAGACAAAAUUUGGAUAUCAUAUUAUUAUGGUUGAAGGGAGAAAAUAAAAUUGUACGCAAGACUGA